UCAUCAAGGUGCCAGUCGAGGAUCAGAAGCGUCUGACCGAACACAAGAACCAUGAGCAUCAGCUGCGUUCACUUUGCUUCAUCUCGGCUCGUCCUCUUCACUGCUCUGGCCAUCUGCAUGGCUUUAGUGCAGACAGAAACAGUGGCGGAUUUGUCCCCGGCUCUGCACAAUGAUAACCAGGACACGGUGUCUGGUGAAGGAAACUAUGAUAUAACUACAAAAGAUCCCGUCCACCACCUGACAGAAAAUCCCAUCUGGAAAAUCACCUCGGAUUAUGUGGACUCUACACACUCAAUAACAGUGGAGGAGGAAGAAGGUGUGCUGGGGCCAGGUGCCAUCACGGCUAUAGUCAUUGCUGUGUUCCUCGGAGCUUCUGUUCUUCUCGCUCUCAUCGUUAUCACACUUAGAAAGUUCACCGCCUCAUAGGAAGGGACGACAUCUUUUUCUCCCAAUCCCAUCUCUUUCCCAUCUCAUUUACUUGCCUUUAUUUCUUCUGCAUGCCCCAAGCUAUGUUUUCAUUGUGUGUCUCACUGACGGCAGGUCCCUCAUGAAAUUGCUUGCAGCUGCUCUUUGCUGAGACCUGGUUUCAUUAUUCAAGACAUGGAAUAAGAAAACCAGACUAAGGUUAUUAGGAUUAAGUGAUCUCGUGAGAAAUUAUCAAUUGGGUUUAAGAUCGCUGUUUGAAGAUUAUUAAAGAUUCUUUAAAGUGAUAUAUUAACAGAUAUUUUCAUUUAUUUCACUUACCAUCCUUGUAGUUUUUUGGUUAUUUUUCAC